AAAACUUUUAUGGUAGCUGUGUAAUUUUUUCUCAAAUUUAUUUUAAAGAAGUAAAAUUACAUAAUUAAUAUUAACAUGCCGACAAUUCUAAAUACAAAAGUAUAUUUCUUAUAUUUUUUUGUGUUUUUAAAAAUUGUAGCCACUACAGAAUCGAAGACAGCAUUAAUAAAUAACUUGUUAAGAAUUUCUAAAUGGAAAAAUAUAAAGGACAUUGAUUUUAUUAAAAUGCAAGGACGCACAUAUGAACUUGACAAAAUAGUCGGGAUAGAUAUUACAAGUAAAAACUACAAAACACAAAUACGAUGUGCUACUAUAUUAUUAGGAUGUUCGUAUGGAAACAUUUUAAAAAUAAUUUUCAAAAUGAUACUUUACUUCCAAAAUUAUUGUAUCACAUUAAUAAAUGAAAAAGACGAAAAUUCCAAAACGACUAAUUGCACCAUAGAGUUACUGAAUACUAUAUCUACUAGCUUAAUUCCGUUAGUAAAUCUGAUGAAAGGAGCUUUAGAUUCUAUGGACAAUUUACAUUUUGUUCCUUGGAAAUGCGGUAAAAGGAAAAACUAUAUAUUGAAUAAAGUGAUAAUAGCCAUACAAAAUGAAAAAUUCUUAAAUUCUUUAAAUUACUCAUCAUCUUUACUAGCUAAUACAAACAUUAUAACUGAUAAAUUAAAAAUGCUAAGUCAUUUUUUUAUAGAAAGAUGCAUGGAAUUAAAUGCUGAUAUGAAGUUUUGUCAAUUAAAAAAUAACAUUAAUUAUACUUCAUUUUAUCAUAAACUUAAUUAUGAAUAUAAUAUACUAAUAACUAAUAGAAAAGAAGAAAAUCUAAAUCUAAAGUUCUAUAAUUUUUUAAAAAUAAAAAUCGAAAGUUUAGCUCAAUGGACAAUAAAAAACAGAUAUGAAGAUUUAGGUUUUCAAUGCGAUUAUAACACUUACGAGACUUUUAUAUUACCACAUACAGAACAGAUGGACCCCAAGAGUAAUAACACUUCAUUAGAAAAUUUAACUUAUACAUUACCACAUGAAAAUUUCGAAGAAGAGAGGAAUGAAACUUCUUUGGAAAAUUUAACUCAUGCAUUACCACAUGAAAAUUAUGAAGAAGACAGUAAUAAAACUUCAUUGGAAAAUUUAGCUCAUACAUUAUUAGAUGAAAAUUAUGAAGAAGAAAGUACUAAUACAUCGUUGGAAAAUUUAACACAUACAUUACCACAUGAAAAUUUCGAAAAAGACAGUAAUAAAACUUCUUUGGAAAAUUUAGCCCAUACAUUAUUACAUGAAAAUUUUAAAGAAGAAAUUAAUAGAACUUCGUGGGAAAAAUUAGCUCAUACAUUAUUGCAUGUUAAUUAUGAAGAAGAGAGUAAUAACACUUCAUUAGAAAAUUUAACUCAUACAUUACCACAUGAAAAUUUCGAAGAAGAGAGGAAUGAAACUUCUUUGGAAAAUUUAACUCAUUCAUUACCACAUGAAAGUUUAGAAGGAGUUGACGCAAUGAAAUCAAAUUUAGAUGACAAUUUAUUAGUCAACAUUCCUAAAAAGAUGAGAAAAUUCAACACGUACCUUUAAAUUCAUUUUUACGUAUCUCUCACCGAACCUAUUCCUUUCGGCAAUACGUCAAAAGAUCACAGAUCGUAUUUAGUCAAAGACAAUACCUCAAAAAUUGAAAAAAAUUUGGGAAAUCUCCAAAAAAAUUACAAAUUUAAAAAAAGCUAAUUUUUAACAUUAUUUUAGUUUUAGAUUCGAUGCAAAACUGAGAAGGUAUUAAUUUUACCAUGAUGUUUUUAUUAUUUUUUUUUGUGUCUGACACUGUUUUGUGUCUGAGCUGUUUUUCUCAGCUCUCAAUAGACCGAUUUUUCUCAACGAUACUUCAAAAGAUCACAAAUCGUAUACAGUUGAAGACGUUUUCCAUAAAAAGAGAAAAAUUUUGCUCUCGUUCCACGUAAAUAGUGAAAAUCCACCAUGAUGAAAAUGGUUAUCAUAUUCAAAAAUAUUCUAUUUUUGUGUUAAAAUUCUUGGUAUUGUCUUGAAAUUUAUUUUAAUUUACCUUGUAAUGAAGUACACUGAUUUUCAUGAAUAUUAUAUAAAAGUA